AUGGAUAGAGGCGAUAAGACUCCCACAGUAGCGACAACCUCACUUGCAAACGUCACUCAAGAUCGUAAUCGCGUAUCAAAACGAGUUCGUCGAUCUGCUUCACCAGAUGAAUCGCCACAGGCCUCGAAACGACCUCGCAAAGUUGCUUCACAACGUCAGCAGACAACAACUAAGAUGGCCGAAGCACUGUCCUGGGCUGACUCAGGCUCAGGUGCAGAUUCAGGUGCUUUCGAACCAGAUUUCCAAGAUGGCAGUGACGAAGACUUCCAACAGGGCUCCGCCGAUGACCUUAAGCAGACCCAGACCAUCCUACAUCCGCCGAUGACAGAGACUCUGUCCAGGGUUGAACAAACCAGGCUACUCAGUCCUCGCACUUCAUCGCUGGGAUCGGAUAGUCAACAUCAGCAGAUGCUUUACCAUCUCUUAAGAGACAGUCUUGACUCAGAGCAUAUUGUUGCUGAGAUAAAUCGCUACCGCAAAGAAGGCAAGCAGCUCCCAUGGUUCCAACAGAUCAUACCCGGUUUAAGACCCGGUGUCGAAGGUAAUGCGACGUGGUUGCUGGCCGCUCGUGAGACGCUGUGGGACGAGGAAGAGAUUGAGCGUCACAAGGAAAUAUGCGAAAGAAACAUGAUGCUAGGUCAGAUUCUUCCAGAGCUACCCGUGGACGAAUAUGGGUUAAGAAGACCUUGGCCGUCCAUAAUAGAAGGCCUCCAACCGAUCAGCCUCCCCUUAGCCAUCGCGUUGGAUCAGGUUUCCUGCCUACUUGCGCGGGGGGACUGCAAGCUGUUAGAUCCUACUGGGAAUUGGUUGCAGACUGCACCUAGUCGCACUCAAGAGAGUAACAACCAGCAGGACGGUGAUGCGAAUGCCGGUAGCAAUGCAAACAACCAGCGAGACACCGCCGCAGGAAAUAGCGAUGUCGAAGCCGACCAGACAUACGUGGUAAUGCGACAAGCCAUACAAGACAAAAUCCUAAGCCCUAUCAUAGACGACUUGUCUUCGAAGCUCAACAAUCUUACUGGAGGCGAUUCGAUGCAGGUAAAGAGGAAAGAGGAGCUUCGUGAAGGUUUGCGACGCUUACGAGCAGUUAUCAUCACGGAGAAAGACGCACGCGAUAGCGCUCGAGACUAG